AGUAACAAUGAUACAGCUACCAUUAUUUCAGACAUGUCAUUGGUGGAUACAUCAAGCACAGCCGCCGCCGCCGCUGCCGCCGCCGCAGUAGUAGCAGCAGAUUUGUUAUCGCCCUCAGGUGAUUUCUUUAAUAUGAAUGCGAACGGCGGCAAUAACAACAACAACAAUAAUAACAACAACACGACAGUGACACCCUCUGCUAUCACCAAUGAAAUCCACACCAUGGCUGAUUGGCUAUUGGAACAACAAGAAGUCAAGGAAAAAAUACAGCAAAUUCCGCAUCAUCAAGUACAAAAACGUCAACGACGUAGUACGAACUCACUUUCUCCUGCGUCUCCUACCAAUACCUUUGGAUCCUCUCUCUCUUCUUCCAUGUCCCCUUCUCCGCCUAUCACCCCAAUGCAGCCGGCCUCUUUGGGUUUUGUUGAACCUUUAUCUAACAGCAACAACAAUAACAGUCAUAACAAAUCACGUCAUCCUUCUCAUCUGCAACAAAAUGAAGUAGGAAAAGAAUGGGAUGAACAACAACAACAACAACAACAACGUGUAUUGAAUAAAAGUAGUUUGAUUUCUGCUCGUAUUGCUCAGGGUGAAACAACAGCCCACUCAUUGAAGCCUUUGAUACAGAAUUACCUUUUGUGUCGUGAACAUCAGGAUCCUUCUUUACCUGCGGCAGGCGAACAUACUGUCAUGGUUUUAACCAGCAGAGUAGCACAGAAAAGUUACGGAACUGAGAAAAGAUUCCUGUGUCCUCCUCCUACAACCAUCUUGAGAGGUGCUAGUUGGUGGACGCUUAAUAGCAGUGGCAGUGCCAAUGGCAAUAACGAUGAAAAGUCUUCUGUAUCAUCGUUAUUUCAUCCUUCACCUUCCUCCUCUUCCUCUUCCUCUUCCUCUUCUACUGCCGCUACUUCUAGUUCUACUGUCUUGACGGCACCUAAACUUACGAUACAUAUCACGGGUGAAGCCAUCAAUCAAACUGGCAUUAUUGAAUGGCAAACACCCAACGGCACUAUUAUAGAUAGUAAUCCUACCACUGCUGCUGCUCAUGCCAAUAAUCAACCUCUCUCUGGCAAAUGUGUUUCAAAGCAGUUGUACAUUAAUGACGCGGAUGAGAAACGAAAGCGUGUUGAGGUUUUAGCUAAACUUCAAUUGGGUAAUGGAGUACAUUUGGGUACCUUCCCUAGUAAAGGAAUCAAAGUCAUUAGUAAACCAAGUAAAAAACGGCAAAGUGUCAAAAAUAUGGAAUUAUGCAUCCAUCAUGGUACCACUAUUUCUUUGUUCAACCGUAUUCGCUCACAAACCGUGUCUACCAAGUAUUUGGGUGUAUCCAAUGGCCAAGGCAACGCCUCCAAUGGUGACGAUGCCAAUGGUACCUGCUUUGUAGCUAGAACGGGUUCAUGGGAUCCAUUUGUCAUUUGGAUUGUCGAUACGACACGCACGCCUGAUCAAAAUACACCUUCACGUCCCUGUCAACACCCUACCAAUCCCCACUUCCCUCCACCCCCUGCUAUUGCUUCUCAAACACCUUCCACGGCACAGCAACCUAUUGCUAUUCAUUACAACCAACCCGUUGUUCUUCAAUGUGUUUCUACAGGCCUGGUGAGUCCUGUCAUGAUCAUCCGAAAAGUAGACAAAGGCAGUAUGGUUCUCGGCGGAAACCGUGUCGAUGACUAUUCUGCAGCGACUGCAGGUAGUGGUGGAUCAUCCAAGCCUGUCGGUGGUGAAUGCGGUGAUGAAACGUUAGGUGACCCUGUUUCUCAAUUACAUAAAGUAGCCUUUCAAAUUGUUCAAGAUCCUACCUUUUCUCAACAACCUCAUUCGCAACAACGCUUCCAGCAAAACAGCCCACAACCUGACUUUUACAGGCUUCCCCAAUCAUGUCAUCCUAUCACUUAUUUGGCUUGUUUGAAUGAUGUGGUUGGUAUGCAUAAAGUGAACUUUAAUCGUAACUUAUUGCCGAAUUGCCAAGAACAACCGCCACAACAACAACAACAGCAGCAGCAGCAGCAGCAGCAACAGCAACAGCAACAAAGCAGUACGAAUAAUAAUAAUGAAACAAGUGGCAAUGCAUGGACUGAUUUGAUUCAAAGCACCACUCAUUCAUUAUUUGACACAAGUAAUACGCUAAAUAACAAUGCAGCCAAGAACGCUACCGGAGCAGGUGUUACUGCUGCUGCUCGUCGUCGUUUAUCGAAUGAUAAACAAGUGGGACGUCGUGGCAGCUUGACUGCUGGGGUUGAUCGGCGUGGUAGUACUGUAUCUGAUACAUCGGGCCUCGAAGGCGCGUGUUGGACAGAAGAUGUUUCUGAUGCCGCUGUGUGGACUAUCGUUGGUACAGAUUGCGCCACAUACACCUUUUGGACGCCCUCUGCUUCAGAUAUCUUGCCCGCUAAUCAACAGCACUUCAAUAUGCCCUUUACAACAACAGCAGCCACGGUGACUCCUUCUCUCUCUACUCCUGCCCCGUCUGCAGGCAAUAAUAAUGCAAUGACACAAUCCUCACCGAUCACACCCUUCCCUCUUAUUCACGAUAUCAAAUUUAAAAAGGCAGAAGACAAUCAACUCGUCAUCACAGGUGAAAACUUGACAAGAGACUUGAAUGUCUGGUUUGGCGAUAUCAAAUCAAAACAAACAGACUAUAAAUCGAAAGACUCUAUGACAUGCUCCAUUCCAACAUUAUCAGAACUCAUGAGUAGUGCUACAUUACAAUUAGAUGAAGAAAAUAAUAAGAAGAUACCUCUACUCUUAGUGCGUGGUGACGGUGUUGUUUAUAGAACAGAUCAACAUUAUACGUUUUCAUCCUAAUUCUUUUUACUGUAUUUUUAGUUUUUCUUUUUAUCUUUAUUUUUCUACUAUUGUACACUGGCAUUUUCCCCCCUUAAUAUGAUCCCAUUCUUUUUUGCUUUAUUCUUGUCUUGUCAUUUUUUUUUCUUUUCUUAAACUACCCAAUAAAGUAUGUAUACAUAUUAUACAUAUUAGCAAUAGGCUCGCUUUUUGAAUUUUGUUCGCAUCAUGCUUUUCAUUUUUUUAAUUUUUUUUUUUUUUUUUUU